CAAGGCAGUGGGGCACCGAGUCACCAGGCACGACAGUGGGCUCUGAGUCAAUUGGCAUGACAGCGGGCACCAGGUCAUCAGGUACCGGAUCGUCUGGCUCGACAGCAGGCACCGGGUCAUCUGGCGCUGGAUCGUCUGGCUCGACAGCGGGCAUCGGGUCACCAGGCAUGACAGCGGGCACUGGGUCAUCAGGCAUUGGAUUGUCUGGCUCGACAGCGGGCAUCGGGUCACCAGGCAUCAGGUCAUUUGGCUCGACAGCGGGCACCGUGUCAUCUGGCAAGGCAGUGGGGGCACCGAGUCACCAGGCACGACAGUGGGCUCUGAGUCAAUUGGCACGACAGCGGGCACCGGGUCAUCAGGUACCGGAUCGUCUGGCUCGACAGCAGCCACCGGGUCAUCUGGCGCUGGAUCGUCUGGCUCGACAGCGGGCAUCGGGUCACCAGGCAUGACAGCGGGCACUAGGUCAUCAGGCUGGAUCAGUUCAUCAGGCUGGGUAGAGACAUCAGGCUGGGUAGAGACAUCAGGCUGAAGUGCGGGUGCCGAGGCACCAGGCUGGACCACGGAAGGCAGGUUCUCAGACGGCAGGCUCACCGGUUUGGAUACUGGCAGGAUGGUACUGGUUGGGAAGAAUUUUCGCUUUUUUCUGGUUUUAGUUACCGGAGCACUGUAAGUAAGCGCAGGUUUGGUUAAAGGCAGGAUAGGUGCAGCGAAUGAGAGCAGAUUGCUGAUAUGUGGUAGUUAGAGUAUACUGGGCAGUCACUGGGGGUGCUGUCGGGGAUGUAGGAAGAGUGCCUUGAGCGGAGGAAUGACGUUGCAAGCUGACUGAGGCUGGGUGCAACA